AUGGUCAAUGAUCAAUCACACCAAGAUUUGAUAUCCUGGAGCCCCACUGGUGAAUCUUUCUUCAUCUACAGCUCCAAGAACUUUUCAAAACAAGUUUUGCCCGAGUAUUUUAAGCACGGGAACUUUUCGAGUUUUGUCCGUCAGCUAAAUAUGUACGGAUUCCGGAAAAUAAACAAGGCAUCCCGGGGUAAACACGGAACAGACCAGAGCGAAAUAUGGGAGUUCAUGCAUCCGCAAUUUCUACGCGAUCGACAGGGCAAAUUAUCCGAGAUUAAACGGAAAGCUGCCAACUCGGAA